AGGACGCAGCCUCACUGCAGCAGUGAGGCCCCAGGAACCGACUGCAGCCGGGGAACCGGGUGUUUGUUCAACCAGGGCCACCCUGGGUCCCCUGAGGCCCUUGAGCGACGCGGCCGAAACCCCGCCCUGAUGCCGCGGGAUUGGCCCAGCGGCUCAGCCUCGAGUCACUUCCGACCCAGGCGCCAGCCCCAGCCACGCCCACUUGUCUGGCGGCCCUUCACACUUUGUGAAUUUAGGGAUUGUUGCGUAUGACAACCGGGCUCAAAAGGGACUCCCCUGCCUGGCUGGCACUGUUUUCCUGUUCAUCCCCUGAAAGAUGAAGGUGUCUUCCGCGCCGUGCACGGCGUUUCCCCGCCGCGGAGAGAGUUCCUUUACUUUCCAGCGGUGCCUCCUAGCGAUCUUUCUGGCGACCACGGUGUUCCUGCUGUUUACAUUCUCUGAUGCCUGUGUACUACCACCACCAUUUAAAGCUUUGGAACUUGUUAGCAAACCUAAACCCUAUUAUGAGGUUGGGGAAGAAAUAACCUAUAAGUGUAAAGCAGGAUAUGACCAACUAUUGGGCCUUCUCACGAUUGCUACUUGUGAGCCGAAUCAUACCUGGGUGCCUAUUUCAGAUGAUGCCUGUAUAAAAAGAAAAUGUACAUAUUUAGAGGGUCCUAAAAAUGGAAGAGUAGAAUACAUAAAUUCUAGUCACGUGUGGGGUGCUCAAGUUCAUUUUAUUUGUUCUGAUGGUUUUUACUUAGUUGGUAAACAAGUCGUACGUUGUGUGCUUAAAGGAGAAUACCCAGAAUGGGACAGUCAAGUUCCACAAUGUGAAAAGGUUUUGUGUUCACCACCUCCAAAAAUCAAAGAUGGAAAAUAUACCUUUAGUGACAUAGAAGUAUUUGAGUAUAUGGAAGCAGUAACUUACAGUUGUAAUAAAAUACCUGGAGGAGAGGAACUUUCACUUGUGGGAAAAAGUGAGCUAUAUUGUGCUGGCAACGGAGUGUGGAGUAGCAAUCCUCCUGAGUGUAAAGUGGUCAGAUGUCCAUUUCCAGAAGUUGAAAAUGGAAAACAGUUAUCAGGAUUUGGAAAAAAAUUUUCCUACCAAGCGACAGUUGUGUUUGAAUGCAUCCAGGGUUAUUACAUGAAUGGCAGCAACACUGUUGUCUGUUCCAGUGCCAGUACGUGGGAUCCCCCAUUGCCAACAUGUCUCAAAGUGGUGCCUCCUUCCAGUACAAAACCUCCAACCUUAAGUUAUUCAGCAUCAACUUCUCCUAGUACAAUAUCUCCAAUUUCUACUGUUUCAGGAUAUCCCAAUCCCACUGAAGGACUAUUUGAUGAUGAAUUUGCUAAAUGGAUCAUGGUGCUGAUUAUUCUUAUUUCAAUUGUUGGAGUUGCUAUCAUUUUCCUCUGGCUGUACAGAUAUUUUCAACGCAGGAAGAAGAAGGGCACAUACCUAACUGAUGAGAGCUGCAGAGAAGUACAAUUUACUUCUCUCUGAGAAGAGGAGAUAGAGAAAGGUUACUUUUAUUAGUAAAAGGAAAGCAAAUAUUAGAGCUCAAUACAACACUUACCAGAAAAGGUCAAGCACUCCAGCAGAGCAAACCGCGUGAUUUCCACAAACCCUGUCUCUCCGUUUAUCUUUUAGUUCUACUAAGAGCUUCUGAUCUGCAGUAGUUACUCUGUUUUCCCUGUCGUGGAUGCAGUGUUGAGUUAUACUGUUCACAUUUUAAUAGGGCUUGAAUGUAGUCACCCUUUGUUCAUACAUGUAUGAACUGGGGUCUGAACACAGUUCCUGCUUUCCCCUAACAUCUGGACAUAGGGGCAGGUCAACACAGUAUCCCUGACAGUCUUCAGAUGGGGAAAUGAUUUGUUUUGUAAAAUGUGAAAAUAUAGCUCACAGUGAAAUUACAUUGCAUUUUUUUAAAAAGUGAUUUUGAAAGCUUCUUAAUGUUAACUUACACAAUUCCAUCUUUGCACAACUCUAAAAUGUUAUUUUGUAUAUUGUUCACUGUAAAAAGCCUUCACAAAUAGGUGUAUACUUAUCCAUUAAAAACCAGAACACUGAUCAUUGGGAAUAUUGACAAGUUUGACCUCCUUAACUAAGAAUAUUAUUGGAAAAUUAUCUAAAAGUUAAUAGGAUAAAAAUUUUUGGUAAUUUCUUUGAUUUAAAGAAGGUAGAAACUUCAUGUAUUUUUUACCUUUUAUUUGUGGCAACAUCACUAAACCAGUCUAGGAAACAAGUAAGCUAUCAAAAUCAGUUGCAUACUUGUGUGAAAAGUUAGUUGCUUUUUACACCAUAAGAAUGCCGGUUCAUAGUCAAGUUGAUGCUGUGGCCUUGUGCUUUCCUUGAAGAGUUCCAUCCGCUGAGUAACUCAAAGUCAUUGCUAUGGGAGGCUUGCUUUCCCUACUUAGGUCUUUUAAAAUGCCACUUAAAAGUAGCUCAUUUUGAGCCAGGUGUGGCGGCACACGCCUAAAUCCCAGUGGCUCGGGAGGCUGAGGCAAAAGGAUUUUGAGUUCAAAGCCAGCCUCAGCAAGAAGUCUUUUGUAGAGAAUAAAUUCAUCAGCUAACCUCACAUGUUGUCAGAAUCUUAAUCCCUGGUACAACUGUCCUUGCCAUAGAAACCUCUUACCUGUGUAUCUCACCUCAUCUCCUAAAAGGCAGAGUGCAAAUUCAACCAUAUAUUUCAGAGGAGCAAAUGUUUGUUUGCUGUUGGUUGCACUACUGGACCAAUGAACCUGAACCGCUCAGGUAGCUCUUCACGCUCGUAGAAUAGAGCUCGGCCCCUUACUGAGUCCCCAGCCCAGGUGGUCUCUUGCAAAUAAGCAAGCGGGCAGGGGAGGGACUUGCCCUCAGGAAAAAAAAAAUGAGAUUUUUCCAAGUUGUAUUUUAAACUUUAGUAGCACAGAGUGGACCAAAGAAACGUCACCUUGAGAAGGUUAUGACUGGAGAAUGCUUAACUCUAUGAAGACCUGUCUAUUGUGCACUGUAAAUGAUCCUGAUUUAAGUGAUUUAAAUAAGUGAAGAGUUGAAGUUUAUAUGCAUUUUCAUAUACUUUUCAAGAAUAUAGCAAUUGUUUAGAAGUUGUACUAUUUUUUAAGACCUAAAUGUUUUCCAGAUAUUUUUAUGCUUAAAUUUACAUUUAUACCAGUUUCUGCUUUGAAAUUAAUUUUUUCCAUUUAAUAUUUAUAUUUGAUAUUUAUGUGUAAAUACGUAUUUUGCUUGUCAAGUAAUUUGUUUGGUUAUUUAAAUACAUGGAAAAGUCCAUUUUAAAAGUUAGUUUAAAUGAGAGGAGAAAGAAAAUUUAAAGUAUCUAUUUAACACAAAAAUAUAUUUGCAGUAAAAUGAGAAAUCCCAUAUGUGGAGGUCUUUCACUGUUCAUUUUGUAAAACUGGUUCUUUAAGUCUGGCAAAAAUAAAAUUGUAUAUUUGGAAAAGCA